UUUCGUCACAUGUUUACCUUCUUUGUUCAGAUCUAAUCUCGCAUUCGCCGCCCAACACUCUCCCUCUCUUCACAUUAAAUCUCACCGCCGAUUAAAGAUGUUGAGCAGAAGAGCAGCCGUUUCUGCAGUUGAUCUCAUUCAUGGAAGAGGAUUUCUCAAUCGAUGGUCGCAUAAAUCGGGUAUUCGCUCUCCUCUGUUCUCUCUCUACUCUUCCAAGGCUUUUCAACCUACGCUGCCCAGAAUCGAUUUCAAUUGUGUUAAAGAACUAAACGAUGCUGUUGAAUUGUUUCAAAAAAUGAAGAGCAUACGGUGGGUGCCUUCUGUUCGCAUGUACAACAAUCUAAUGAGUGUUACUGCAAAGAUUGAGCAAUACUCUUUUGCCCUUGUUGUGUUCGAUGAAAUGCUUAGAAUGGGUGUCCCAGUUAAUGCUUACACAAUGAACAUUGCUGUUAACUGUUGUUGUCUCUUGAAAGAUAUAAACACUGGUUUUUCUAUAAUGGGAUUCUUUUUCAAGAUUGGUUACGAACCAGAUGUUGCGACUAUCGCCACUCUCAUUAACGGGUUUUUCUUAGUUGAUAAGGAGGCCGAAGCUGUGAGAUUGUUUGAAAAGGUUCUAGAUUUAAAACUUUGCGAGCCUAAUGCUGUUAUAAUUCUGCGCGUCAUAGAUGGGCUGUGCAAAGCUGGACAAGUCAGUGCAGCCCAUGAUUGGCUUCAUCGAUUAGAAAGUAGUGGAUGGAGUCCCAGCAUUAUGGCUUAUAAUGCUUUAAUUGACGGAUUCUGCAAGAGUGGAAUGGUUGAUGAUGCUUUAAAAGUCCUAUACAAGAUGGUUGGGAAGGGUAUUUCACCCAAUGUUUUCACAUAUAGUUCCAUUAUUAAUACAUACUGUAAAGAAGGAAGGAUGGAAGAGGCUGGUAAUAUGGUGGAAACUAUGACGCAAAGGAAUGUUUAUCCCAAUGUUGUCACUUGUUCUUCUCUAAUUGAGGGGUUUUGUUUGAAGGGUGAAAUCGAGAGAGCAAAACAACUACUUGAUAUCAUGGUAGAGAGGGGCCUUAAACCUGAUAUUAUUAGCUAUAACAGCUUGAUAAAUGGAUAUUGCAAGAAGGGCAGCGUGGAUGAAGCUUGGCUUCUUUUCCUUGAAAUUCCCGAUAAAGGUUUGGAGCAUAAUACAUGUACUUAUAAUAUCAUGAUACAUGGAUUAUUUAGGAAAGAUAGAUUUGUUGAGGGCUGGAAACUUUUCGAGGAUAUGGAAGCUCAACACGUACAUCCCAACUUGCAUACUUAUACUAUAUUAUUGGAUGGGCUCUGUAGGAAUGGGGAGAUUGAGGAAGCUCUUCUAUUUCUGCGCAUGAUUGAAGUGAAAGGAUUUACUCCUAAUAUAGUCACAUAUGGUGCACUAAUUGAUGGAUUCUGCAAAAAUGGAAAACGUGACGUUGCAAGAGAUCUUUUGAGAGAACUUUCUUCUAAAGAUUUGCAACCUGACGUUUGGAUAUAUAAUAUGCUCAUUGAUUCACUUUGUAAAGAAGGAUCGAUUGAGGAGGCAGAAUGUUUGCUUGUAGAGAUGGAGAAUUGUGGCUGUGAACCUGAUCGUGUGACAUACAACAUUGUCAUCCGGAGUUUGCUAGAGCAAAAUGAUUUUCACAAGGCAACAUCAUUCAUUGAAGAAAUGCGCAAAAAGGGAUUCUCAGCAGAUUCUGCAACUUCUUCGGUGCCGAUUGAACAAACUGGAGAUGAUUUCUUUAUCAAAUUGAUGAAGUACCUUGCGCCCAAGGAUAUUCUAUCAUAGUCUAUUUCUUCAUGAUAUACGAGGGCGAGGAUGCCUGCAGCCUAAGUCUCGGUGCUGCAAAACUGAGUUUGAUUCUUUAUAUGCUUGAAAUGGCUUGUGUUAGUUGGUGAGAUCCAUGAGGCAGUUGCGUUGUUCAGCCGUGAUGAACGAGCCGUGCAGGAACUGGAAGAGUCGACCUGCUUUUGAUCUUCUUUAAUGGCUUGUGCAGUUUUAGGUUAGAUGGAAUAUAUGAGGUGAAAUACUGGAACGAGAUCCUCAGAACAAGUUCUUCAGCUGGCUGCGAUUGUAAUUAUCGGUAAGGAAAGCAAGCUGCGCUUGCAGUUCGUCUUUGUGGUUUUCGAUUUGUUGAGGGAAUUGUGUUUAGGAGUUGAAGGAGGUUGUAGAUACCAGUUUGUUGCUAUUUGUUCUGUUGCUAGAUCUUCAUAAGCAGUAGCUCUACUUAUAACUUUGUUUUUGUUUAUUUAUUUUAAGUAUGUUUUUGGUGUAGCUUUUUCAAGACUGUAACUGCAGGAUGUUUUGUGAGGCAAUUUUGAUUUGCAGAAUAAGUAGUUUUCUGUUCAA